AUGCUCAUAGGCAUUUGCGGAGGUAUCUGUGCCGGCAAACAUUCAGUAGCAGAAUACCUCGUCCAACACCACCACUUCCUCCGUCUCCACCUCCCCAAUACACCGUCCAACCUCCAUGUUAGCGAUCCCGACGACGUCCGCCGGCUUCUCCCUUCAAUAUCUGACCAGAGAGGUACCCGGGGUCUCACCUUUCCCGAUGUAGACUCCCUCCUCGACUUCGUUACCCGACGCUGGCGUGAACACUGGGUCCUAACCGACAUCCAUUCCGAAUCUACACUCGAUCUCCUCCUCCGCCGGCCCUUCUUCCUCCUCAUCAGCGUGGACGCCCCCACCUCCCUCCGCUACACCCGCUUCUCCGCCCGUUGUACUCUCCGCUCGCUCACCCCUCCACCCCUGGACAAAUUCAUCCUCUGCAACCCUCCUAGACCGCUCCCAUCUCCGCAUCCUCAACCCCUUCACCACCCAUCCCUCCCUCGCCCCACCUGGGACAAAUACUUCAUGCACCUCAGCACCCUCGCCUCCACCCGCUCCAACUGCAUGAAACGCCGCGUCGGCGCCGUCCUGGUGCGCAACAACCGCGUCAUCUCCACCGGCUACAACGGCACGCCGCGCAACCUGACCAACUGCAACGAGGGCGGCUGUCCACGCUGCAACGGAGGCAAGUCCGGCCAGCUGAACACGUGUCUGUGCCUGCAUGCCGAGGAGAACGCCUUGCUGGAGGCCGGGAGGGAGAGGAUCGGUGACCGCGAGGGCGGCAUCUUGUAUUGUGAUACGUGUCCUUGUCUGACCUGCGCGGUCAAGAUUGUGCAGGUGGGCAUUGAGGAGGUGGUGUAUGCGCAGGGUUAUAAUAUGGAUGAGGAUACGGCGAGGGUGUUGGAGGAGGGUGGGGUUCGGUUGAGGCAAUUUACGCCGGAGAGGAGUGGGCUGGUGAGUCUGGGGUUGGAAGGGAAGGAGGAGGAGGAGGAGGAGGAGGAGGCGGUGAAUGGCUGGUUGGUCAAUGGUGGGGGCUUAGAGGGCAAGAAAGCGUUGGUUAAGAUGAAGGAUGACAUUGCGAACCGGUAG